AUGGAUGAUAACAAUAAUCAAGAUGGUGAACAAAUAAUAAUAUUUGAGGAGAAGAUUACUAAGGUGAAUGGAGAGGUGGCAAUUAAACGUUAUCAAAGAGGCAAGUUUUUAGGGAAGGGAGGAUUUGCUAAGUGUUAUGAGGCCACCAAUUUAGAGAAUAAGAAGGUGAUGGCUGCAAAAAUCAUUGCUAAAUCAUCUCUGACUAGAAACAGAGCCCGUUAGAAGUUGGUGUCAGAAAUCAAAAUACACAAAAGUUUGUAGAAUUCAAAUGUUGUCUAAUUUGAGCAUGUCUUUGAGGAUCAUGAAAAUGUGUACAUUUUAUUGGAACUCUGUUGCAAUCAAACACUGAAUGAAUUAAUCAAAAGAAGAAAGAGAUUGACUGAAAUUGAAGUUUAGUGUUAUGUUGCAUAGAUGAUAAAUGCAUUGAAAUAUCUCCAUAACAAUAAUGUGAUUCAUCGAGAUUUAAAAUUGGGUAAUUUGUUCUUGAAUAAGAACAUGGAAUUAAAAUUGGGAGACUUUGGUUUGGCAACAAAAUUGGAGUUCGAAGGCGAGAAAAAGAGAACUAUUUGUGGAACUCCAAAUUAUAUUGCCCCUGAGGUCUUGGAUGGCAAAGUGGGACAUUCAUUUGAAGUAGAUGUAUGGUCACUUGGAGUUAUAAUUUAUGCAAUGUUAAUUGGUAAACCACCCUUUGAAACUCCUGAUGUCAAAUCCACCUACAAAAAAAUCAAAAUGAAUCAAUAUUCCUUCCCAGAUCAAGUCCAAAUAUCAGACAAUGCUAAAUAACUCAUCCAAAAGAUCUUGGUUCUCGAACCUAAUAAAAGACCUUCAUUGGAUGAAAUCAUGGCACAUUCCUUCAUGAAUUCAGGUGGCACCAUUCCCAAAGUUCUACCUCUAUCCACCUUGGCAUGUCCACCCUCAAUUUAAUAUAACAAAUAGUUUCAACAACCCAGUCGAGCCUCAGAAACUGCCUAGUCUAAUCCUAAGAUGGCCACUGUGAGACCCAACAUAUCAUCUGAAAGACAAGAUCAAUUUGGAGCAACCUCCGGAUUAAAUACUGGCUACAAUGGAGGGUACAAUAGUAGUCAAAGACCCUCUUCUUAAAAACCUCAGGAUUUCAAAUCAUCUGUCAGCACCAAAUCCCUCAACCAAUUUUAUACUAGUGGCACUAUAUAAAAUCCAUAGAGUAGCAAACAAAAAAACGAAAUCUUUGUCAGAAGAUGGGUUGAUUACAGCAGUAAAUAUGGACUUGGGUAUCUUCUCAGUAAUGGUGCUACUGGAGUCUUUUUUAAUGAUUCAACCAAAAUCAUCUUAGAUCACAGAACUCAGGAAUUUGAAUACUUAGAAAGAAAAGGCACUGAUAAAUAGGAUGCCAUCGAAAAAUUUUCUAUCAAUAGUUAUCCGAAGGAAUUACAGAAAAAAGUAACUCUCCUCCAACAUUUUAAAUCUUAUUUGGAUGCUGACUCUAAAACAAUUACUUCCUCUGACACCAAUGACUAUGAUCCAUUCCAAUCAGUCUAUGUGAAGAAAUGGAUGAAAACAAGACAUGCCAUCAUGUUCAGACUUUCCAAUAAGAUAGUUCAAGUAAACUUCACUGAUAAAACUGAAAUCAUCUUGUCUUCAGAGAACAAACUAGUCACCUACGUUAAUAAGUUAGGAGAAAGGAGUCAUUAUCCGUUAGCCACGGCCCUUGAUAGUUAAAAUCAGGAAAUGGCCAAGAGAUUAAAAUACACAAAAGAGAUCCUAACACACAUGCUUAAUGGAAAUACAAAUGUUGACAUAAAGAAUCCAGAAUGAUCACUAUAUAUUUGAAAGUGAGAUGAUAUAAAUC